ACGAGCAAGCAUUGCACACAAGGCAAGCAGGCUUACUGCAGUCCUCCGCUAGACUGCCCGCUCUACCAGCGUUCGUGCACAGCAGCAGGAGAUGAAGAUGUCGAGAAGCUCCGUCUUGCUGCUCAUCGCAAUCGCAUGUAUCUCGAGCGCUGGUGCUUUCCGACAGCCAGUUGUGUUCCCGCCGCUGGAUGCUUCCAAGUACGAGGAUGCUAGUGCACACGAGUUGCCUGAGCAACGAAUCAUCGCAACCGAUAGCGCGGUUCCUGAAGAAAACCACGAGCAUGCCGACGAUAGGCCAGCCACAGCUCCGCACGAGGAGCUGCCCCGAUCAAACGAAACUCGCGGCGAGCCGAUCGCGUUAGCUCAGCGGAGUUCCACAAUUCGAAUCAAGGCCCCCGAGCAUUCGCUGGCCGUGUGGAACUCUGAUGGAACAAUAUGCAUUCUGGCGAGAUUCCAAGCGACUUUCGAAAUUCCGUACGCCACAGCGUCAGGCAAGAAAUAUGCAUCAAUCAAGAUGCCCCCAAACCGGGAACUAGCAACGCGAGGUGUUUGUCCUACGGAAUCGAGAGAACCGCUAUUCGAAGUGCAGUGGCCACUGUUCAAGUUCAUUAUGCAUUUCGCUAGAAUUCAUUCGCCCAGCUCAUGGUACGUGAACAAAAUCGAAGUUCAAUACAACACGAAUUCGCCGCUCUUCCCUGGAGCUCUCAAUCCAGGACGGCGUUACGCUUCGGCCACGCAAAACAUCAGUCUGUUCAAGACGCCGAUGGGCCAAUCUUAUGGUUGUCCCCUCUAUCCGCCCCUGGUGCUCACGCAUCAGAAUUCGUCCUCGGAAAUUAGGGUUAAACUCAGGGAUAUUCGGCUUCAAGCUUAUCAGCUGACAGGAAACUACGGACCCCUCUCGCGUUGCCAGCAAGUGGCCAUGGCCCAUACACUGGAUCCAUACAACUACGACCGGACAGUCCCCGUAGCUGUGGGUAGCACCUUGGCCGGGGUAUCUCUCGCGACCAUCGUUGGUUACGCGCUCUACAGAUCGAUGUUCGCCACCAAAGUUGACUAUGGGAACAUCCGUUGA